AUAAAUCACCCCUCAAAACAUUUACCAUUAUAUUAUUGAAGGUUUUAUCUAAUCGAAUUAAGUUUAGCUUGUAUUGCUGUUGGCACACGGGAACUAAAUGCAGUUAAAGUAACAUUUUCAAUAGAUUUUAUUUAGGUAAAUGUACAAUAUUGUUAUCAGCCCAUAACAAUUCGCUCGGUCUUUAAGCAUAUCAAAGAAUACGGAACCGCUAUACACUCACAGACAGACUGUGACUUCUUUAAAAAUGUGUGACUCAUGCUACGGUAAUCCCACUUAAAUGUGCAGGAUCGUCCGAAAAUUGAUAUUCUCAGUGAUAUGGGAGCAGAUUGAUUGAAUGUGGAGGCGAGAAUGGGGAAGGGGGCGCGCGGGUGCGGGCGCGCGCGGCGCGUCCCCGGGUCACGUGGCGAAUGUAGCCAAGCUGGCCGAAGUCGGAAACUUCCUGGGGAGCAGGAGGGCGAAGCAGGGGGGAAAUACCCGGCGUGGGGAAGCUCUUACGGAUCGGCCAUCUGAGUGCCGGGGAGGGACACACCGGGCGGCGUGCGGGCGCGGCUUACUGUGUUUGGACUGCCGUGAAGCGGAGUACCCGGGCUGCUGCUGAGCGGUCAGAAGUUACUUUGGUGCUUUAGCAGUCAACGUGGAGGAGGAUGUGGUUAGACUGACUGAUAGCUAGCUAGUCAGCUACCCGAAGCCAUCUGUCUCGCUAAUACCAGUAUUAUCAUAACAGGUUUACGGGAUCCGGAAUGUAGGUAGGUAAGAAUAAGUGGUUCAGAUACAAUUUCUAACCUCCCCCUUGAAUCGGUGCGUGUAAAGUCUUAGCUCAGUACGGUCCACUGCAAACUAGUCAAUAUGUGGGAAAGACAACCGAUUGUUUACAAUUGUAAGUGUACAGUUUAUUUAUGUGAAACUGACAAAUACAAAGGUUGGGGUGAGGUAACGGGCAAUCUAACCAUCCGUGCAAAACUUUUAGAACAAUAAACUAAAUUUCAGGGCAAACUAAAACGUUUGCUUUGUUAUGCAGUCUCUAUCCUUAAAUAUAUUGACAGUUUCUCCCAAACCAGGAUCCCUUUUAAGCCUGAUUAAAUGUAAUUCUGUUUGUGCUUAUUUGCCCCUGUUUAUUAAAAUAAAGAUGAUAAAGUUAAUAUACGAAACAUAAGCUGUCAGAGCUGCGCUUCAGUUACACCUGUGGUCGAUGCGUAAUACUGGUUAGUGAUGCCCUAUCGGAGGCUGGUUGAAACCUAAGCGCAAUAUCUGUCGGGGACCAGCGACGUCCCGGUGCUAAACACAUGACAUAUGACAACAUAUGACAAAAUCGGCUAGGUAGACGGCAUAUUUAAUGCAACCAUGAAGGCUUAUGCCUAUGAGCUGUUUAUGAGUUGUGUAACACUCAUAUCUCGUUUACAAGAAUGUGUCAAGGAGUGUCAGGUUUACGUCCUGAUCAGCAGUUUCACCUGCAGCUGUGAAAAAAUCCGACCCAACCGUGAAUUAUAAAGAUGAUCGUAUGCGAUUUUGAAUUUUUAUACCGACAUCAUUGGGCAGAUCGGUGUACGGUACUGGGGUUCUCCCUCCCUGCGGAUCUGAUAUGACUGGGAAACACUAACAUAGAAGUACAACAGGUUUCAGUUACUGUAUGUCAACAUCUAGCUGAAACGUGCAUAAAUUAUUUGUAAUUUCCCAGUAAUUUGAUUUACAAUCUGAUAGUAACAUAUUGUAGCUGGCAUCAGUGCUGAAAACCUAAACACACUUGUUGACAGAUGAAUGCAGUUCUCGCCCAAAGGGAAGAUGAGUUAAAUCUCUAACUAAUGAAGUUAAUCCGUGUCCAGGCAACAAGGCAAAUAUUCCUCAUCUGUUCUGGGGCAGACUGUUUGGUUACCCGUUCCUCUUUAAAAUGCUUUUUGGCUCUGGACUGUGAUACAGACCAGGUGUGAGAGUCCGGUUUGUGAAGGGCACGGUUUACAAUAUUUGUCGCAGCCAGGCCGCCACAUUGCCCUGGCUAUCCGAUACGGAAUGACUGGUUUGACUGAUACCUAAUAUGAAUCGUUUUUUGAUUAAGGUUAAGCACCGCUACACAAUCAUAGUCCUGCAAUUAAGGCUUUCCUAUGAUAAAGUGGUACGUUAUUGUAUUUUCUUUAUUCAGAACAGUAGAAUGGCUAAUUGAGGGAUAUCUUCACAUUUUACCAAUAUUUUUUUUGCAAAGCAAAUACAGGCAUACAGGAGACACCCUGAAUGGCUCAAUUAGAGGGCAAAUACGUCUUAGUGAUACCUUUGCAUGGUUGAAGGGAAUUCUGCGGAAUUUUGUCUCGUGUUGCCUGCAGGGCUGGCCCUAGCUGUAUGCAAAAUAGGCAGUUCCCUAGGGUCCUGAAUUACCUGCGUUGUGGAGGCAGUUUCUUUGGUAGGAGGCCUUUCAUGUGAAGCUUCACCUAGGGCCCCUGAAAAAGUAGAGCUUGUUCUGGCCGUCUGAAAGCAGUCCGUGGGAACGAGCGGCCGAUUAUCUUCCAAACAUUUAUAAAUAUCAGAUGGUGUCACCUGGACUGACACAGCGUGGGGAUAAUGAGGCUGCGCUGGUCACGGAGGCUGGGCCUGCUGGCGAGGAUGGGCCUGCUGCUGUCGGCCGUGUGGCUGGCCUACACACUUCUGACUCGCUCCGUCUCCCAGGUCCCGGCGGGGGAUGGUGGGAGGCGGAGCCUUCAGGAGCGUGAGGCCAACCCGGCCACGGGGCGGCCAGCGGAUCUGGCACGCCCCAUCUACGGCAAGGCCGACCCGGACCCGUCUGCGCCAGGCGAGUGGGGCAGGGCUACCCGGCUCACGCUGACCGACGAGGAGAAAAAGCAGGAGGAGGACUCGCUGGAGCGUUACGCCAUCAACAUCUACGUCAGCGACCGCAUUUCCCUCCACCGGCACAUCCAGGACAACAGGAUGUACGAAUGCCGAGCGAAGAAAUAUGACUACCAGCAUCUCCCCACCACGUCUGUGAUCAUCGCAUUUUACAACGAGGCCUGGUCUACCCUGCUGAGGACCAUCCACAGCGUCCUGGAGACCACGCCUGCCAUCCUGCUGAAGGAGGUCAUCCUGGUCGAUGACUUCAGCGACCGAGCGUAUCUCAAGUCCCAGCUGGCGGAGUAUAUCAGCGACUUGGAACGAGUGCGUCUCAUCCGGACCAACAAGCGGGAGGGUCUGGUGCGGGCCCGGCUCAUCGGCGCCACCUACGCCACAGGAGACGUCCUCACCUUCUUGGAUUGUCAUUGUGAAUGUGUUCCCGGCUGGAUGGAGCCUCUGCUGGAAAGAAUCGGUGAAAACGAGAGCACUAUCGUGUGUCCCGUGAUCGACACCAUCGACUGGAACACGUUCGAGUACUACAUGCAGACGGAAGAGCCCAUGAUAGGCGGCUUUGACUGGAGGCUCACUUUCCAGUGGCACGUCAUCCCCGAGGCGGAACGGCGCAGGCGCAAGUCGAAGACCCACCCCAUCAGGUCUCCCACCAUGGCGGGGGGCCUGUUUGCCGUGAGCAAGGCCUACUUCGAGUUCCUGGGCACCUAUGACAUGGGCAUGGAGGUUUGGGGAGGGGAGAACCUGGAGCUAUCUUUCAGGGUGUGGCAGUGCGGUGGCGCGCUGGAGAUCCAUCCAUGCUCGCACGUGGGUCACGUCUUCCCCAAGAAGGCGCCCUACGCUCGGCCCAACUUCCUGCAGAACACGGUCCGGGCUGCCGAGGUGUGGAUGGAUUCCUACAAGAGGCAUUUCUACAACCGGAACCCACCGGCCCGGAAGGCGAUGUACGGAGAUAUCUCGGAGAGGAAUGUCUUGCGGGACAGACUGAAGUGCAACAGCUUUGAUUGGUACCUGAAGAAUGUUUACCCGGACCUGCACGUCCCGGAGGACCGGCUCGGCUGGCACGGAGCCGUACGCAGCAGCGGGAUCCACUCAGAGUGCCUGGAUUAUAAUGCCCCCGAGCACAACCCCACUGGAGCUCACCUCUCUCUGUUUGGUUGCCAUGGCCAAGGUGGCAACCAGUACUUUGAAUACACCUCGAAGAAGGAAAUUCGAUUUAAUUCAGUGACAGAGUUGUGCGCGGAGGUGUCUGAUGGUCAGAGUCAGAUCGGGAUGAAGCACUGUUCACAGGACGGUUCGCUGGUGCCUUCAAAUGUCAUCUGGGAAUUCCGUGACGACGGGAGCAUCUAUCACCCUCACUCCGAUUCCUGCGUCACCACCUACCGCAACCCGGAUGGCCACACGGACGUGGAGAUGAGAAAAUGUAAUCCAGGAGACACAAACCAGCAGUGGAAGUUUGAGUGACCAGGAGAGCCGAGGUCAAGGCCUACAUGCAAGGCCACGUGGGGACAUUCAGAGACUGGGGGAAACUCACAGAGGAACAAGCCUCUGUAAAAGUGUCUCUAGGGUUUCCCUGACGAGAACCUACAGUUGUCAUUGUGCCUCACAGAACAAAGUAAUGCCUACACCAGCAGCUCAUGGGACAACCAGACAUAGCCAAUCAGAUUAUAGAGGAGGUGGGACCAAGACAUCUGAUUGGUUAGUCCUGCCUCUUGUUGCUUGGAUCUGCCCCCUCUACAAUCUGAUUGGUUCAGAUAGAUAACCAAUCAUUGUUCCUACAGCCCUCAGAACAUUUUUAUGUAAGUAAAACUCCCAUGAGCACACCAAUAGUGCCAAGACAUUUUGUGUCAUCCAUAUUAGUUUUUUUAAAAUCAUAGUAAUUCUGUGUUUAUUUUUUUACAAAACAGCUGUACCCUAGAUAAGGGAGAAAGCCUUAGUAUUUUACAUUCACAGAAACACUUUUAAGCGGUGAAGAUUUCUCGAAAUCAGAAGGCUAAUCUUGUACGUUGAUGUUAUUGCACUAGUUGUUCUGCGAACGUUGCGAUGCCUCCAGUGAAUUUUCAUUUCAGGAGGGAAUCGUGUAACACUUUUCAGGGACUGCUGAUGCUUUAAGUCUGUUGUGGUACGUGUGCCGUCUAAUGUUUUGUGCUUUAAUGCCUCGAUUCAAAGGUCUUGAAAGGGGACUGAGGGAGAUUAUACGUUUAUUGCUCCUGGUGGGAUUUAGACGAUCAGAGAGGCACCAUUGUGGACUUUGUGGCCAGAGCGACACUGAUCAGAUAACAGCGUCUUGGAUCUCGUGGUUCUGACCGUGCACAGAACUGCCAUAGUAAACUCCCUGGAUAUGUUGCUUAUGGAGGGGGGGGGGUAAGCGCUUUUCAUGUUAGAUGUACUUCAAGAUAGUCAUGGAAUUAAAGCAGCCUUUGUGCUAUCUGUGUGUGCGCUCAGAAGUACCGUAGGAAAGCAAAAGGUCAUAUGUGGGUGUGUCCGAACACACACACUGCCUCUGCUGUCUGGAGGCCUCAUUCUGCCCCUUAAAAGACCACCUACACGCCUCUUAUGUAUGUUGUGCUUCUAUAACGUUAUGACAAUGCCUUUUUGUUUCUGCUGCGUGUGUCGAAUACCCUUCGGCCGAGUAACGUCCAGACAGGGCCUUACCCUAAUAAAUCUGCUUAGUUUAAUCAGGUAACCCUUUGUCGCCGCACACCGGCCUCCUGGGACUCAUGUAGCAAGCAGAUCUGUGACGUCUGUUGGCGGCUGCGCAUGUCCUGCACGCACUCAUGCCUUCUGUAAUGACGGCAGCUUAUUCCCUGCUAGAGUGUUGCUUCCCUUAAAGGCGCUGAAUUAAAAAGCUUGAUCAGUCGUCAUGCACUAGCGCUGUGAAUGAGUGGCUGCACUAAUCCUCUCAGACGGUUUGUACUGCACCUUUUCAUAUAUCAGGCUCUAAGAAAAUAGUCCUGCAAAAACUAUUCAAAGCUGAUGACUUUAGUUCAUUCUGUGCCUUUUUUUUCUGUGAAUCAUUCAAUGUAUAAAGGGAACAGAAUGGAACAAAAAUAAAAUAUUGUCAUAUGUACUUAAACUACUGACAAAGCACCAACUUUUAAAAUGAUUGCUUUGUAAACAUGCUAUAUCAGGGCUUCGUAAUUAAAAUCUCUAAUGAAAGACUGUGCCCAUAAAUGUUCAUCUGUAUUUUUACUGUACGCAUAUAAAGUACAAAGGGCAAAACUGAAGACAGCUUGUACAAAAUGUUUGUAAUAUACUGACUGCAUUGCUGGUGCAAAUGCAAAAAUAUUUCUCACCGUUUGAUUAUUUGAAGGGAAGUAUCAUUGUCCAAUGUAAAGAUGUGAAAAAAGUGCAUGUUUCUCUCCUGAGUCACAAUCGUGGACAUUGUUAUUUUUUUUGUUUAGCUGAAGAUAUAACGUCCAAUUCAUUCGUGCAAUUCUGAAGCACAAUGAGACUGUUAUACUGCCAUCUGGUGGUAGCUAAUGGAUACUUUUGCACAUUUUGAAUUAAACUAAUAUUGAAAAAGUG